AUGGGCAUCCAAAGUGGAAGCCAGGCAGCACAGGCUGGUCCCUCCAGCAAUAUCAAUCCAUUGGUUCAGGAGUUCGGAUCGCUUCAGGUCCUUGAAGACUUGAUUCACUUGCGAGCCGCUGAUAUUAUUCAGCAACCUAUUCUGGCAUAUCCUCGUCUCGAAAAUGAUCCGGCUUCCUAUGAAUACUAUACCGGGAAACGUUUAGAUGCUAUGAUAAACCUGGCUGCCAUCAGGCUUAUGGAUGAUGGAUUCAAACAGGUUGGUCAUGAAUCGCGCGAUGUGGUGGCAGAUUUAUAA